UGUCCUCUCCCAGCCUCCACCUCUCUGUCCUCUCCCAGUCUCUCCACCUCUCUCUGCUGCUGGACAGGAAGCAGCUCCCAGCUACACGCAGCCAAUAUGGAGCCCGCCAAAAAUAUUGUCAAGAUUGCCAUUCAGAUGAUGGGCGCCUACCCGCAACUUAUUGAUCUCAACCAGAGUAAACCCCUAGCAGCGGUCUUGAAGGACGUCUGUGAUGCGUGGAAUAUUAGUAACUCGGAGCAGUAUGCCCUACAAUACGUGGACGAACACCAAGCAUACAUCACUGAGCUGAACAGGAUGGAGAUCAAGAACGGCAGCAUAUUGAAGUUGACCACCUCCCCGGACAAGGAGGCCAGCAGCCUGUGUCACGGAGUACAGAGUCAGAACCUGGAUGUCAGGUCAGAGUCUCUGAAGAAGUUGGCAGCUCUUUCCUGCGACGUCACAUUUGCUCAGGAAUUCAUCAGCCGUGAUGGACUCAGUAUCCUGUCCAGGACAGUGGAAGAUGACAAGGAGCUGGGGGAUGUGAUGUGCCACACACUGAGGGCCACCUCUGAGUUGAUGGAACAUGGAUUUGUGUCCUGGGAGACCUUCAGUACUAUCUUCAUACACAAGGUUGUGACGUUUGUGAACAUGAAUCUGAUGUCAGUGGAGAUCACACAGCUUGCACUUGUCAUUUUGGAGAGUAUUGUGCAGAGUAACACCAAGCUGGGGGAGAUGGUGAGACAAGAGGUGACUCUGGAUCGUCUACUCUCCCUCCUACAACUGCCAAACCAGGCGAUGCAGAUCAAAGUGAUGGCGCUUCUUGUGGCCUUGCUGCAGAAAGUGGGAGGCAGAGAGCGAGCGGAGAUGCUGGAUUAUCUGUGGAAGAAAAAUUUGAGGCAGUUUAUCCAUAAGCACAUUAUCCAUGGCUGGCCAGUACUAGGAGAUGAGAUGAGCCAUUACCUGUAUGCACUGCAGUGUCUCAGCCUGGGCCUACUAGAAGACCAGAUGAAGACCACAAUGGAUCCUAAUGAUGUUGAGCAGCGACAGCAACUCCAGAACCUUCGCCUGGCUGCUUUUCCAAAUGAGGUGGAGGAAGGAGGUAACAUGAGCUCAGAAAGGCGCCGCUCACUUUGUGCCAAGGAAUUCCGCAAGCUUGGUUUCACGAACAAUGGCAGCCCAUGGCAGGACCUCUGUCUCACUCCGCCUGGACUAUUGGCGCUUGACAACAUGGUGUAUUUCUCAACGCGAUGGCCCAGCGCCUACAGCCGGUUUGUUCUUGAAAACAGCAGUCGGGAAGAUAAACAUGUCUGUCCAUUUGCCCGAAGCAGCAUUCACCUGAGCUCCAUCCUUUGUGAGAUCCUGCGAGUAGGAGAACCUGCUUCCGAGACAGGACAGGGGUUCCAGACGCUGUUCUACGCACAAGACCAUUUCCUGCAGGAACUAUUCUGUGUCUGCAUCCAGGUUCUUAAUAAGACAUGGAAGGAGAUGAGAGCGACACAGGAGGACUUUGACAAGGUGAUGCAUAUAGUGAAAGAGCAGAUUUCUCGCACUCUUGCUCACACUAUAACAACUCUGGACUUUUUCCGAACAAAAAUAUCAUCCCUGAAUUACAGUGAGAUUCUGCGCCAACGCCAACAAGAGAGACUGAUCCAGGAUGAAGCCCUUUCUCCACCCGUCAUGGAACUAAGAAAACAACUGGAGCCAGAGCUAAUGAAUCUGAUCCGACAACAGAGGCUGCACUACCUGUGUGAGGGCACAAAGUUUCGGAAGAUCAGUAGUCGUCGGAGACAGGACAAGCUUUGGUUCUGUCGUCUUUCCCCAAACCACAAGGUACUCCACUAUGGGGACCUGGAUGAAAACACUAUUGACAAGCCUCAAAUUGAAAUGCUUCCAUUGAAAAUUGCAGUUGCUGACAUAAAAUAUGUGCUAACAGGAAAGGAUUGUCCUCAUAUGAAGGAGAAGAGCUCUGGGAAACAGAACAAGGAUAUCGUGGAUCAAGCGUUUUCCAUUUGCUAUGAUGUUGAUAGUUGCUUGAAUUUCAUCGCACCCUCAUUUAAUGACUUCUGUCUUUGGCUGGAUGGACUUAGUGCACUUUUGGGACGGGGAAUGCCAAGUGAGCGUACACGCACUGACCUGGAUCUGCUGCUUAAUACUGAGCUAAAACUGAGGUUAUUGGAUCUGGAGAACAUCCCAAUUCCUGAGCAGCCACCACCAAUUCCACCACGUCCACAAAACUUUGACUACUGCUAUAAGUUCACCUCGGCAGAGGCCUGAUCACACAGAGACGUCACUUCACUCUGCGUAGCCAGAUCCCGGUCAUUAUAGAAGAGUGGCUGGCUACUUAGAGUACGGGAUUACACUCCGUGUGUUACAUUUUGGAAAUAAUGAAAUGCCUAAUGAUGGUUUCUCACACUGAGCCUGACUGUGACGUGGACGCUGUAUCACUGUGUGUUUGCAUUUGUCUGAGUCGCACUGUGCAUGCAUUGUGAUUGGCUACCGAUGGUGCAUGCGGCAAGAACUUGGAUACAACAGUCAGUGCGCAUUCAUGGGAGGUAAUGGGGGUGUCAGAGGCACUUAGUUCCAGCAGACAUUCUGAGCACCUGUGCGCAUUUGGCAGAUUACAGAGACAUCCGCAGGGCGUCCAUCUAUUGCCGCAUUGGCAUAAAUUCCCAGUAGCACUGCACGAAUAGACGCAGCUGCAGCCACAUCAUCACCCACCUCUGAAUCAGGAUCGUUAUGUGGUGCUGGAACAGGACUGAACACGUGACUAAUGCGUCUGUAAUAAACAAUGUUACAUUGUAUCACUACUACUGUCAUAUGGAUAUUGGUAACGCUAUGGUAUACAGCAGUGUAUACUGUGUGCACAGCUACGGUGCCUCGGGCACCUGCUGAGGUUCCUUGGAUUGUUGGUCCAGGACCAAUUCAAAAUAUGUAUGGUCACUGUAAUAGGAUAAACCAGUGCUGGGGGGCUGCCAAUCAUCCCAUCCCCCACCACAUAACUCACCCUAAGGAUGACAUAUAAAAACUAAUUACUUCA